UUCAAGUCGCCCUAAUAUUUGGUGCAAAGAUAUUAGACUAUGUCUUCAACCUGUGCAAAGGUAAACUUGACUACCUGGAGCGGCUCUCUGACAAUCUGCUGCUGAAGAUCAUCUUCUAUCUUGACAUGGAAGAUAUCUCCAGGCUCUCUCAGACAUCAACCAGGUUUGCAAAGCUGUGCAAGUCCGACCCACUGUGGGAGCAGAUAGUUCAGACGGCCUGUGACACCAUCACCCCCGACAUGCGGGCCCUGGCAAAGGACGUGGGCUGGAGACAGAUGUUCUUCACCAACAAGAUCCAGCUGCAGAGGCAGAUCUGCCGGAAGAGGCAGAAGCAGAGGCAGGCAAAGCAGAAGGAGAAGCAGAAGAGUAUUUAGGGGCUCUUCUCACCAGCAGGGGCCACAGCCUGCUUCUCUCACGUCCACCUCUCACACUCUCUGUUGAACAACAGGUUUUGACGUUAAGCUAUUCCGGGAAUCACUUGCAAAUCUGAUUUUGCACACACACACAUGCAAAUCCACCCAGUCCCUUGCUUGAGCAGCCUCUUCUGUCCUGCUCAGGCCAAUCCUAUGGCCCAAGUACUAAGGGCGAUGAGACAGGAAGCUCAGGCCGCGCCACCUUCCCCGUCCCCUGUUCCCCUGAGGAAAGAGGUACCUGUUGUGUAUGAACUAACAAUAAAGAGAUAC